CACACACACACACACACACACGCGCACACAGACUCUGCUCCACUCGUUAUUCUGGUGACAGAAUGGAAGGUGACACUGUGACGCGUCCGAUGCAGAUUCAUCCUGUCAGUAUUUAAAGUUCCGUGCACACACAAGUAGACCAUCCUGGAUCUCCUCUGUGGAUAAAGCUGCUGGAUUUACACAAGAUUUCUAAGAUGUCAGGGGAGGCCUUCGUCACCCUGGCCACCACAGACUCAUACUGCAAGGGAGCCAUAGUGGUGGCCAGAAGUUUACAGCGCCACGGGACGACUCGCAGCACCGUCGUCAUGGUGACACCAAACCUCUCACAACAGUCAAGGUUGGCUCUGGAGGACGUGUUUGAUGAGGUCAUCACGGUGGACGGGAUGGACAGCGACGACCAUUUCCACCUGUAUUUGCUGGGACGUCCUGACCUCGGCAUCACCUUCACUAAGAUCCACUGCUGGACCCUGAUACAGUACAGCAAAUGUGUCUUCCUGGAUGCGGACACACUGGUCCUGUGUAACGUGGACGAGCUGUUCGAAAGAGACGAGCUGUCGGCGGCUCCCGAUCCCGGCUGGCCCGACUGCUUCAACUCAGGCGUGUUUGUCUUCAGACCGUCCCUGCGCACCCACAGCGGCCUGCUGGAGCACGCGCUGCAGCACGGCAGCUUUGAUGGUGGAGACCAGGGGCUGCUCAACUCCUUCUUCAGCAGCUGGCCGACCGAGGACAUCAGUAAACACCUCCCGUUUGUCUACAACCUCAGCGGCAGCUCCUUUUACAGCUACCUCCCCGGCUUCCGACACUGCUUGUGGCUGUGGGCCCUUCCUCUGUUCGGCCACAACGCGAAGGUGAUCCAUUUCGUUGGAGCGGUGAAACCCUGGAGCUCCAGGAGCCAGAGGGACGAGAGCAGCCCUCACACUAUGGAGCAGUUUGUGUCUCUGUGGUGGAAGGAAUACCUCAGCUACACAGCAUCAUCCAGAGCAGGGAAACAACAAGAGUGUUCCCUCACAGAUAACACACCAGUGGAGGAGGAGGGCCCCGGAUGUGGGGUGGAGGGGGCGGAGGAUGUGGAGGGCGACUCUAGCACCUCAAACGUUGACACGGAUCCAGUAUGUAAACCUUCUAUCCUGGACCAGCCUCAUCCCCAUAUUGGUCAAAAUUGUUCCCUCACAGAUAACACACCAGUGGAGGAGGAGGGCCCCGGAUGUGGAGCGGAGGGGGCGGAGGAUGUGGAGGGCGACUCUAGCACCUCAAACGUUGACACGGAUCCAGUAUGUAAACCUUCUAUCCUGGACCAGCCUCAUCCCCAUAUUGGUCAAAAUGUCCAAGAGCGAGGAGACGAAGCCCACGCGCUGCUUGGAGACACCGUCACCAGUCCCAGUUCACUGCAUGUACCUUCGCCGCCCCCCUGUGAGAGUCUUCGCCCCCCGUCUGAACCAGAGACCUGUUCCCUCACAGAUAACACACCAGUGGAUGAGGAGGGCGCCGGAUGUGGGGCGGAGGGGGUGGAGGAGGUGCAGGGAGGCGCUAGCACCUCAAACGUUGACACGGAUCCAGUAUGUAAACCUUCUCUCCUGGACCAGCCUCAUCUCCAUAUUGGUCAAAAUAAGGAUGCAGAGACGGAGACAGUCAAAGAGACGGACGAAGAGACAGAGAGAGAGACGGAGGCCGAGCGGCAGGAGCACCGCAGGCUGUGGGAGGCCGGCCACGCCGACUACCUGGGCAGAGACGCCUUCAAAAACAUCCAGAAGAUGCUGGACCGCUUUCUGGAGUAACGCACAGGACCACCUCCGGAUCCCAAACACACUUGUGUCCUGUAGGCCAUGUUUCAUUUCCUCUGUCUGGACUCCCUGGUGGUAGCCAGACUGAUUCCGGAUCUGAUCCGAUUUACGAGCAAACAGGAAAGAUCUCGCUUUUACAUGUAGGGCAGUCAGUGGUGGUACCAAGACGCUGAGAGUGAUGCAAUGCCAGCACUCUUCACUGGGAUUGUUUUAUUUUCAUUCAAAGCAUAACUAUUGAAGUAAAUCAUUUUGAACUGGAUUUUGCCUCGACGUCAGGUUCUAGAAAUUCAUCAUUCGUAGCAAUAACGAUGGAAAAUAAUGCACCGUCUGGGCUUUAUGAACCCUUGAACCGGUCUACAGAGUAAAAAGCACGAUUGAGCUUUACAGCGUUUGGUGGUUAAACUGUGGCUCACUGAUGUGUUGUUAAUAAGCGGAGCUCUGCGGCCCAGAACAAGAGCAUAUUUUAAUCACACAGUAUGAGCCACAUGAAUAGAAAACAAACCUAUUUUGUACUCCUGGAAAACGGUUGUUAUGUUUUUACUUUAUCUCCUUGGUUUAGAAGAUCUGUAAAAACAUUAUAGGCAGGCCGAAAUAAAGUCCAAAUCAAUCUAGCUAUAGCAAAUAAUUCUCAACAUCUCAACUUCAUUCUCGCAAUGUAAAAUAAAAUAAAUCAUUAUGCUGCCAUUUUGUUCUCCUUCUUGUUUGCGUACAAACAAGAAGCUUCACCCGUCACUGCUCAUCGAAACACACUGCAAAGUGUGAUGCAUCAGAACCAACACGCGGCCUCUUUAACUCUUCCAUCGGGACUGAUGCAAGCACAGAAUAUCAAACUCCAACUUCUUGUUCUUACUAAAUGAAUUUGUAUUCAACGUGUGUAAUAUCUGGGUUCCAAUGCUUGUGCUCUGCAGUGGUACAUAUUUUAUGAUGGCAGAUGAAGAUGUUGAAGCAUUCUGUCAGGCUUUAUUUCACAGGGCCCCCGUUUCCUAAGCAUUCACGUCACUGGAAUGCCCUUUUGUAAUUGAGACGGUGCUCAACUAGUUUACUUCCAAUCCUUAAAUACAACAGUUCUUUUUUGAACUUCUUUGAAAGAUGUGCUCAUAAAAUGUCUUCCCACCAUUUUUAUCUAAUUUAAAUCUAAGAUGCUUCCAGGAAAACACAAGAAAAUGAUGGGGGGUCAUAAUAUAAAGCUUUAUCCUUUUUGAUGUUCUACAUUACAAAAGCAAAAGAAUGAUUCAAUAUUUCCAAAUUAUUCUAUCCGUGUUUGCCAUUAAGCAUCUCAUCCUUUUGUGCAUGUAAAAACUUUUUCUUUGUGCCGUUUGAGUUCACAUAUUAAACACAGAAAAAAACACACACAUGAACACGGGCUGGCCUCUGCUUCAGACCGUGUUCAUUCUUCCACCAGAGAGCACUGUGGCUCUUCUAUCAGAACUCUCCAUCAUGGCAGCCCAUCAGAGAAGCAGGGACCCGCCAUUAAGAAAUGUCUGACUACAGUCAGCACUAUGCUGUGUGAUCUUUAUCCACUGGGACCAUGGUGCAUGCCAUUUUCUUCCAGGCAUUUCUCUCAUAGUGAAGGAAGAUGGUGUGCUGAAUACAAAGCACAUGGCGGGAGGUGAGCUCGGGCCCGGGCCCGGGCUGCCGGUAAAAAGGCCUCAUGAUGAUUGCUCUGAAAGGCAACAUGGCACAUCGCUGCUCUUGGACGAGUGGCCCCCGCUUGAUUUUGAUUCAUCCAGAUUAAAGUGCCAACAGCGAUCUUGGGACAGCCUGCUGGUUUCUCUCAACCGCCUCGUUCAUUAAGCUCUAGGAAGGCAAAAGGAAUCAGGCAGAGAAUAAUUCUGAUCGAGGAGCUUUGAAACCAGGUCAGAGAUGCAGCAAAACAGGAAAUAUGGCAUUAAUAUAGAAGCAGACAACUACUGUGGAGUUAGAGCAUGAGACACAGUUAGCUCGGCUGUUGCCAUGUUGAGAGCCUCAAAGAGGCAACAAAGAUGCUCCCAAUAUUCAAUCCGGCGCCUUGAACUAACAGCCAAAGAGUAACUGUGUUUGUACGGUAAAGCUCCCAGACUGUGCAGCUUCUAUCAAACAGGCAACAGCUCAGUCGGCUGCUGUGCUCUCCUUUCAUUGGGAGGCGUGUAAAUCAGUGAAAUCAGCUGCUGUGAUGAUGAGUUGGCAGGCCUGCGUCUACAUCUGAAGAUGUGUUGUGAGCAUAAAUUUGACCCGUCAGCAGGGAGAAGUCAUUCAUGUCGGCCUCCUGCUGGUAAUUACAAGAGGUUUGACAAAGUGUGUCAACACAUGUGGCAAACACGGGUAUAAAUGAAUUGUGGCAGGCCAAGAUAAUAAAAGACAAAAUUAUUAUACUGUUUAGAGUAGUUUGAAUUGUCGCAGCAGAGUCUGCUCGGUGGUUAAACAAAUAUAAAUAAACCAAUAAAGAAAUGGAUUAUGGAUGUGGGUUACUCCAUGGUCGAUAUGGAAAACAGGCCUCUAUUAGUAGAGACUUUGUAUAAACUAAAAACUUGAAAGACUCUCCAGUCUGCUCAGACCUUUGAUAUGACACAAACAAGCAUUUUUACAUCAGAUUUACAAGCAGUAUAAGAAUUCUCCUCAUAACCCGUAAAGUCUUACGGAUGUGUAAAACUGGUGGAGUGAGAAUUGAAUGUAUUGUACACCUUUAACAUUGUCCAUUCUGUACACAUGACAUCCAUUGCAGUCUGUCCAUCCCUGGAGAGGGAUCCCUCCUCUGACGUUCUCCCAAAGGUUUCUUCCCGUUUUUCCCCAUGGGAGUUUUUCCUGUGCCGAUGUUUCAUGUGUACAGACUGUAAAGCCCUCUGAGGAAUUUUGUAACUUGUGAUUUCGGGGCUAUGCAAAAUAAAAUGAACUGAAUUGAGUGACCCUU